AUGUUUAAAAAAAGGGUAGUAAAAUCCCAACAAGUUUCAAAACGAAAGAUAGAUGAUGUUAAUGAAGCAGGUGAUGAUGCUCCUGUGAAGAAAAAGGUCACCACUACAACCAUCAAAGCUCCAGUGAAACAAACCACACCCUCCCCAUUGGAAAAGACCUCCGAUGCGGCAGCAGUUGAAAUUAAAUCCACUCCGUCCAGCAAGGGACAACUAAAGCCACUUGCCGCUAAUAUUAAAACCACGGUAAUUACCGACUUCCAACCAGAUGUAUGUAAAGACUUCCAACAAACUGGGUAUUGUGGGUAUGGUGAUACAUGUAAGUUCCUACAUAUUCGAGAUGAAUCCAAACAAAAAAUCCCUAUAAACAAAGAUUGGGUAGUGAGUAAAAAAAGUAAAAAUAUCGAGGAUAUCCCGUUCAAAUGUGUUUUGUGCAAAGAUGAUUACAAAUCACCCAUAAGAACUCAAUGUGGACAUGUUUAUUGCAAGGGGUGUUUUUUAAACCGGUUCAAGGUGAAAAAGAACAGUAAAUGUUACAUCUGUGAAGAAGAAACAAACGGAGUCAUGAUACCAGUAAAUAGGAAAUAG